GCGGCUAUGCGCUACCAAUAGCCUUCUUGACAUAGGUGUAUAGGAGUACCCGAAUCUUACCUCGCUACUUGUUAGGUCCUGGAGUGUUUCAGCUGCAAGAGCGGAUCAUCAAAAAGGUCUCGGGCAAACAUGUUAUCUGUUGAUCGACCAGCACGUCAUGGUGAUCGACAACCGGAUCAGGGCAUCUUUCAACUGAUCCACGAAGUAUACAAGAUAGUGCAUGAAACGAUAGACGGUGCUUUGACAUGGGACCAGCUAACUUCGCCAGAGCUAAACUACUCCAUCGUCCGGCCGCUCACCAAAAAGCUCUCUAAGCAUAACGAUGGAUCCAUGAUCUACGUGCUCAUGGUCAACCGGAUCCGGUUCCUCCAGGUUGUAGAACACGAUCUGGCAUUCCAGGCUCUGAAUUCGACUAGGGCCAACCUCUGCGAGCUACUAUCUAUGAAGUUGCUGCGGACUUUCUCGGAAUCAGAGCUCGAGUCGGUCUCCAUACUUACCAGGCCGUAUUCCCCGUUCUCCGGAGCGCCUUCGGAGGUAUGGGACAGUAUGAGUGACGAUGAGAAGGAAGAUGUCGAGGAAGAGAUCGGGAAUGCAUUAGAGAUGGCGAUCGUAUCCUCAUCGAAACACUUUCUGGCUACACCGCUCGCCCAACGAGUGAUUGACGCAAUCCACUCCGGAGCCAUCGUCUACACCUCACGAUCGAGCCGUAGUAUCAUCAACGACACUUACGUCUCUUCGAACCGGAAACAACGUAUCGCUGACAAUCAGAGGCGGUAUUCUGCCGUGUCAACGACUCCCUCUGGAAGGAGUGUCCACGUUACCGAUGGUGACGGCGUGUAUGUUUAUGAUGCUCGAGAAGCUGGCUGGCUGGACCAUACCAGGUUGAGGGUGCCCAAAUGGAGAACAAUGAUCGAAUUCAUCAAUUUUGCUAUACUCACCGCUCUAUUCAUCUGGAAUCUGACGGCAUCACGGUCCGAAAAGCAUUUCAACCACAUCCACCUGCCAGAAAUCCUGUUUGUCAUCUACUGCCUCGGCUUCAGCUUGGACGAGCUGGCUACUACGAACGAGAACGGAUGGACAAUCUACUUCGCAAACACAUGGAACGCGUUCGAUAUCGCGUUCAUCGGCUUGUUUUUCGUGUACCUUGUCUUGAGGAUCGUCGGGCUCGCGACUAAACGGGAGGAUACCAGUGCUCUCGCCUUCGAUCUCUUGAGCAUCGGAGCCAGCAUACUCUUGCCAAGACUAUGCUUCUUCUUCAUCAAGGAUAACGUACUGAUCAUCUCGCUCAAAGCCAUGAUCUCCGACUUUAUUGGAUUUAUGGCCAUGGCCGCUGUAUGUUUCUCGGGGAUCUUGUUCACCCUAUGGACUCUAGGAAAAGAAACAUGGACUAUCAGGCGGAUUGCCUGGUUGAUGCUGCAAAUCUGGUUCGGAAGUAGCUACCUUGGCUUCUCGGAGGCUGAUUCGUUCCACCCUACGUUGGGGCCCAUUAUCAUGGUCGUCUAUGCCGCUCUGAGCAACACCUUGUUGGUUACGAUCCUGAUCUCGAUCUUGUCCAAUCGGUUUGCCGUCAUAAACUCGAAUGCGAGAGAGGAGCACAUGUUUCAGAAAGCCAUCCACACGGUGGAAGGUGUCAAGGCGGAUUACAUAUUCUCUUACCCCAUCCCCCUGAACAUGAUAGCCCUCAUAAUCAUCACACCAUUGAGCUGGAUCUUGGACGCACAUGCUUUGCAUCAAGUCAACGUAUUCGCAAUCCGCCUAGUCUACUUCCCGGUCCUCUUCGCCAUCUCCGCUUACGAGAGGUGGCGUCAGCGCCCGACUGGCCGUGGGAUCCAGCUGAGCAAGGGUACUUCCAAGAAGGCCUCGACAAGCACUACCUCGGGAGGAACGAUGUUCGAAUCAUUCCUCGGAGCCAGCACGCAAUCGACCAUUCGUGCUGUUUUCCAGCACGGCGCUGAUGUCCUGCAGAUCGAGGACUCUGCCCUGGAAACACCUGGCGGGCGGACCGACGAAGAGCAUGGGACCGAGCCACUGAGCCGGACCAAGCGGCAGGCUACCUCGAAGGCUUCCCCGCUUGGCAAGAUGAUGACAACGAGGGUCAACUUGCCAAGCACGCAGUUGGACGAAGAGGAUGCGAGGCCUGCUUCUUCCGAGAAGGUCCUCGAGAUUGCAGAUCUGCGGGCCGAGAUCAAGCGAAUGCGACAGGGAAUGGAAAGGAUGGAGGAGCUGUUGUCAAAGGCGACCUCCUGACGAUAGAGAAGGCAUUCACGAUCGCGAAAGAAGGCAGCUUACCCAUCCGUAUACAUAUUAUACCCUCCUCAUUGCGAUUGAAUCAGAAAUCCGCCUGUUUUCAGCUUGACCCUUUGAUCUGAUUUACUAAAGCAUGAG